CCGGUCGGGAGUUGCUGUAUGAGGCCUAUUAUCCUGGCCGGAAUUGUAGGCUCCCAGGUCCACUUACUUGGAUUGACCGGGUGUGUAUAGGGCCCAUCAGCCACCUAAUCAAACGAUUUCUCCUUUCUUUUCGGAGCUACGAGAUCUCUUCUUGAAACUCCUAUCGGCAUCCGUUUUGCCGUGUACAAUCUCCACGUAUAUGAAGGCCCAUAGAAAAUUAAAGAAAAACUCUGUUGAUGCUCAUGCAAAAAACCAAAACAGCUCUUCAACGCUGCAUCUUGUGAAGAGGGUCCAAAAGAUUGGGAGAUAUACUCUCCAAAGAUCGAAGGCAUUUGGUCGGUUCUCACACUUCACACAUGUUAGUGGGGUUCAUCCCUUCUUGCCUGAGUGUAUCUCAGAAACCCCUGCGUUUGAACUCUCUCUCCAAUCACAAAUACGAAAGAGGAAUAAGGUGUUGCAUCAAACGUCCUCAAAUACUACCUUCUACUUCUGGAGAUGCUGUUGGCUUGCGUGUCUUUGUGCUCUCUGACUUGCACACAGACUAUGCAGAGAACAUGAAAUGGGUGAAGUCCAUAUCAACCGUGAGACACAAGAAAGAUGUUCUUCUCGUUGCAGGUGAUGUUGCAGAAACAUACGAGAACUUUGUUUUGACUAUGUCUCUCCUGAAGGAUGGAUUUGAGCAUGUUUUCUACGUACCAGGAAACCAUGAUCUUUGGUGUCGUCGGGAUGGAGAAGAUAAUGAUGAUUCUCUUGAAAAGCUAAAUAAAUUGCUUGAUGCAUGUAGAGGACUUGGAGUUGAGACCAAUCCCGUGGUUAUAGAUGGCUUGGGAAUUAUUCCAUUAUUCUCCUGGUACCAUGAGAGCUUUGAUCGAGAGAAGGAUAUAACUGGCUUUUACAUUCCGUCUUUGGAGAUGGCAUGUAAGGACUUUCAUGCAUGUAAGUGGCCUGGGGAAAUUUCAAAUGGCGAUACCUCCCUUGCUUUGUACUUUGAUGCAAUUAACGAAAAAAAUAUGAAUGAGAUCAAGGAAAUCCAGAGGACUUGUAGCCGAAUAAUUACAUUUUCUCACUUCGUUCCUAGGCAAGAGCUAUGUCCAGAGAAGAGGAUGCUAUUCUAUCCCAAGCUCCCAAAAAUUAUCGGCUCUGAUUAUCUCGAGGUUCGCAUAAGGUCUAUACAUGGAAUCCAGGGGAGUGCAUAUGCAUGUCAUGUGUUUGGUCAUACCCAUUUUUGCUGGGAUGCUGUGGUUGAUGGUAUCAGGUAUGUGCAGGCACCAUUGGCUUACCCAAGGGAACGGAAGAGAAGAAUGAAUGGGGGUGAAAAUUGGCUACCAUUUUGCCUCUAUAUUGAUGGGAAAUUUUCUGAUACACUCUCUCCCUGUUAUUGGUCCGACUAUUACUCUGCCAACCAAAGAACACCUAACAACACCGAACUUGCUCCUUGGGUUGCCAGAUUCUAUAACCAAACAUAACACAGUACUAAUAGUGUAUACCCCGUUCGUUUAUCUUAGGAAUCCUAAGAUUUUUAUUUCCUUAACAAGCUGUAUCUGCAUAUUUUGAUUCUAUUUCCUUAUUAGGCCAUUUCCCUAGCAAGCUAAACCCAAAAAUUUCUUACCUAAAUAAGUCUUGAUUUAUUCUAUAAGUUCAGUGUAGAUGCCGUAUGGCAAUUCAAUCACAAUAAAAACAUCAAUUGCUUUUUGCAAGAA